UUACCUGUCAUUUUUCUUUCCCAUUUUAGGUCCCCGUCUGGCUUGGUGCCGGCUCUCCAUCUGCAACGUCUACCUAAUUCGAAGUUCCCAACUCAGAAAUAAAUCCCUCAUAAAUGGCGUAGUUUAAGGAAAGUGAGGAAACCAAUCCCAAUCCCUCGUUCCAUCCACCUCGCCAACACAACACAAAAGACUGAGUUCGUGCGAUCCCGUGUAAUUUUUUUAAUUUUUUUUUUUGGGGUUUUCACUUAAAAUUUCAGAUUAAAGCCACAAUGGCAGCAGCACUUAUUAAAGUCACCACGGUACCUUCAAUUUGCGGCAAGAAGUCUCCACUGAUUAACAAAUGGGUGCGCAGGAUAAGCAUUAACAAUGGCAAUAUCGAUAUCGAUAGCGGCAAGACUGCUGCGACUGCGAUGAUGGAUGUUGGGGUGAUGACGGGAGCGAAGGGAUCGGUGGCUCUCGGGAGUAGUAGUAGUAAUAGUAGCGGUGAUAACGGAGAGCGAUUCUCGGUGGGAUGGAAGGAAGGGUGGAGACGACUUUCAUAUGCACCUUUUGGCGCUUCCUUUCCCAAUGUUAGCUUGCGUAGAAAUUUGGGUAAAAGAGUUUUUUCUUCUUUUUCUGGAUCGACUGGAGGUCCUGUAGCCGAUAUGGGUUCUGAAGAUAAAGACGAUAGGGUUGAGAAAGAACGAUUGCAAUUGAACCACGAUCACCACUCAUUUCAACAACAACUGCAGCCUUCUAGGUUGCUUACAUUGCCUACAAUCUUAACGCUUGCUCGCGUUGCCGCCGUUCCGCUCAUCAUUUGCACAUUUUACAUGAAUGGUUCUUGGGGAACAACAGCAACAACAGGUAUUUUCAUUGUUGCUGCAUUUACAGAUUGGCUUGAUGGGUACAUUGCUCGAAAGAUGGGAUUAGGAACGACAUUUGGUGCAUUUUUGGACCCUGUAGCUGAUAAGCUUAUGGUUGCUGCAACCUUGGUGUUAUUGUGUACCAGACCAUUGGAAGUUUCUAUGCUGGGAGAAGUACCAUGGCUAUUAACGGUACCUUCAAUUGCCAUAAUUGGUAGAGAGAUAACAAUGUCAGCAGUAAGGGAAUGGGCUGCUUCACAAAAUAGUAAAGUUCUCGAGGCUGUUGCUGUAAAUAAUCUUGGGAAGUGGAAAACGGCUACACAAAUGACUGCACUGACUGCACUAUUGGCUGCACGAGACAGUAGUCUAACAGGGUCAGGAAUUCUAGUUGCCUCGGGUGUUAUUUUACUUUACAUCUCAGCUGGUCUUGCCGUGUGGUCAUUGGCCGUGUACAUGAGGAAGAUAUGGAGAAUGUUGCUGAAGUAGGUUUCUCCUUUUGUUGUUGAGCUAAUCUAUAUCCACCUCCAUUGACACAAAUGGUACUUCUUCAGGUAAAGUAGCUGACGGAUAAUUAGUUUCAGUCGAAACUGGUAAGGAGGAGGAAAUAAUUCUUGUUUUGUUGUUUCACUUUCAUUGAUCAAGAAGUGAUGAUUUGGCCUGAUGGUGGGGUUUGUUACAGUCUAAAAACUCCUAAGGAUCAACAAUCAUACUUGGGAGUGAAUUGAGAGAAAGGUCCGCCUUUAAACUAUUGUAAUAUAUUUUAGAUGUUAUAGCAGGAGACAUUAUCUGGGCAUUUUGUUACUCUCUUAAUGGCAGUUUUCCUGGGAAGUGAUUUGUCCAAAGUGGUGGUUCUUUAUCACAUCUACUCUUCCAGAAUAGCUUUUUGGAGCAGUGUCGCUGCCUCCGUCCGUCUCUCAAGUGGAGAAAAUUUGGGAAAUUGGUUAAUAGGUGGCAACUGAAGAUCUUUGGGGAAGUCUUGAUGGAAGAUUGUAUGUAAACAUAGAUGAUUAAAUUGAACAUAUUUAGAUGAUCUUGCAAGAGGUCUAUAUAUUGAAAUGAAAUUCAGUUGUGGAACAAAAGCAGAUUGUAGCCUUCCUACAAGGUAGAUAUGAAACAAAAAAUAAGCAAAGCAGAUCGAAUUCUCUUUUUUUUC